AACGAAAAGUUGAAAAAUACAAUGAAUGGAAAAAAUUAAAUGAUAAUAUACCAUUAAGGUUGAUAAAGAUAUUCUUAAGUUCAGAUCACAACAUUAAAGUCAAAAGCCAUAGUCCUAAACGGGCAUUGAUGAUAUUUAAAGAACUAUUAAAUAAAGAUCAAUUAAGAGAUGUACCUUUUGAUGAUAUUCAACGACUUGCAGGGUAUUUUUCAAAAGUCCAUUCACGCAAUGCGAUAUUUGUAUUGGAAUCUGCAUUGGAACAUGGGUUUCAGCUAACUUAUUCCGAUUAUCAUAUGUUGAUUGUUUUGUAUGGAAAUAUCAAAGAUAGUAUAGGUGCAAUUCGAAUAAUAGAAAAAAUGAAAAGCCUAGGAUUUGAACUUACCAGUGAAGAUUAUUGUGAACUUUUACAGUGCAUAAUGAGUAAAGGUGGUGAUAUCCUACUUGCUAAAAAAUAUUUGAAUGAGAUGAAAUCAAAGAAUUUUCAUCUAAACUAUCAUGCGUACGCGGACUUAAUUAAUGGCUUUAUUGAACACGGUGAUAUAAAGGGAGCCGGGCAGUUAUUUGUUGAUAUGUUACGAGAAGGUUUAUCAGCUCCAAAUAUUUUUAUGCCUAAUAGUCAAAAUCCGGAUAAACUGGCGGAAUCAAAUAGUUUGACAACUUGGGAAAAAACCCUUUUAGAACAAAUUUAUAUUAUAUUGAUACAGACUUUUGUUUAUCAUGAUAAUUUGCAUCAAGCCAAAAAAUAUUAUGAUAAAUUAUUAGGUAUAAAUUCAGCACCGGACCCCGAAAUUGUAAAUGUAAUAAUAAAUUCAUGCCUAAAUAGAGGAGAAAUUAUAUUAGCAAAAAAUCUGUUGAAGCGUACUGGUACAAUUAAUAUUGAACAUGUUUAUAUGCAAAUAUUCAAAAAAUGUGUUCAAGAGAAAAAGUUUUUUGCGCUGUGGACAAUGUAUGAACAAGCGUUGGAUAAAAAAAUCCCAUUAAGUAAAGAAACG